GGGGCGAAGAACAACUCUGUUCACUUUCUCUCUCUCUCUCUCUCUCUCUCGAACAAUUCAUGAAUCACAAUAAUCACGCAUCAUCGUCUUCGUCAUCACCAACUUCUUCAUCAUCAUCAAUGUCAAAAUUUAUACUCUUCCUUUCUAUCUAAAUCCCUAAAUUCACUCUAAUUCUUCCCUCUCUUCUCUUUUUUCACUCUUUCCCCAAUGGCUUGAUUCGAAUUCGUCAGCGAUUCGUCCUUCUCGUUUCCGUUGUUUUAAUUUACCAUUUGACAAACUCGCCCGUCGUUGUACCUACCGGCGGCACAGACUCUUCUCUUCUUCCCGUGGCUCAUCUUUCAAAGUUUUUAAAACCCUUUUCCCCCAACUUUUUUGUUUUGGUUAUUGUUCUGUUUUUUUUUCCCGGGAAAUUUUAUCUCUUUAUUUUAUUUUGCUCUGUCAUGAUCAUUACUUGUCAAGUAUGAUCCUUUAUUAGGUAUCGUUAGGUCCGAUCUCUCUCUCUUCCUCUCUCUUCCUCUUCUCUUCGCAUACCCUGGUAAACCCUAGAAUCUCCUCUUUCCAAAUUCGAUUUGUUCUGUUUUCUUCAUCUUUAGGUUUAACCACCACUCAAAACUUUGUCUAGGGUUUACUGGGUCUAGUUUUAGAUUCGGUCUUUUUUCCUUACUUGAUUUCUACUGUAAAAAGUUUCUGUCUUUUGGUUCUAAUCAAUCAUGGCGUAUCAUUCGAUUCCUCCUGGCUCUGGGUUUCAUUACUUGAGCUCUCCUUUUGGUGAUACAACCUUUACUAAAGUCUUUGUUGGUGGCCUUGCGUGGGAGACUCAAAGCGAGACUCUUCGUCGCCAUUUCGAACCAUACGGUGAUAUCCUUGAGGCUGUCGUUAUUACUGACAAGAACACUGGUCGAUCCAAAGGUUAUGGCUUUGUGACUUUUAGAGAUCCAGAGGCUGCUAGGAGAGCCUGUGUCGACCCAACACCUAUUAUAGAUGGCAGACGCGCCAAUUGCAAUCUCGCUUCUAUCGGGAGACCUCGGCCCCCUAUGCAAUAUGCCAUGAUACCCAAUUUUCCUGGGCGGAUAAGACCUGCUUCCCCAUAUGUUGGAAGUGUGCAGAGUCCUCGCGGUUCACUUUUUGGAAGCCAUCCGUAUCAGCAACCACCUGCUUAUAACUACCAACAAGGAUUGGUGUACCCUUAUGGGGUUGCACCAUAUGGACCUGACUACAUGUACUCACAGGCUCAGGGAUUUUAUGGUCCUUACAUGGGUCAACAGUACCUUCAGGUUUAUGGACUACCUGGUGGAGUUAACUCACCAGGGUAUCAAUACGGGCAAUUGAGCCAGACUAUUCCCGGUGGCCACGGUUAUGCAGCAGUUCAGGGUUAUUCACAUCCAGGAAGUCAUGUUCCGCAGCUUAGUGGCACUUCACCUAUGUCUGCUAUUCAAUCUCCAUAUCCUUCAGCUUCAGCUCCAACGCAGCAACGUAUCAUCGUCCAGACUCCACAGUAUAUGCAUAGUAGCGGUUCUGAUCAAACAACAGGGUGAAGAAUCGAUCAACUUAAGUAACCCUUGAAGACUUCAGAAAAGGGAAAACAAAUAAGGACAACAACGUAAAAGCUACUCUGAGUAUUGGCAGGCUUACCUGUUUAAGCUUAGCAAAUUAUUUAUUUUUGCAUUCUAGAGGUAAUAAGUAGUUCUUGCUCACUGAAGAAGUAAAGAAAGGAUUGUUCUUGGGAAAGCGGAUGGAGGACAAAGAACCAUGGAAGAAGUUUCAGGGGUUGUGCUUCUGUUUUAGUAAACCUCUCAUCAUCAUGUGUAUAUAGCCACGAAAAGCUUGCUGCCAUAAACAAUGUGAAACAAGGGUUUUCACGGUAAACUGGUAGGAGUAAGUUUGGUGUAUAAAGAAAGUGCAUAACAGAUACAGACGCAUAUAGAAUGGUGGAAUCAAAAUCUGAUUCUUUUGGUAGUUAAAGUAGUCAUGUUACUAAACACUCUCUUAAGGCAUAGGGGUGUUAGUAAAGAUUAUAAGGUAGAUUCUUAUGUCCCUUUAAAGUCGAGUCCUCUGCAUUGUAAGUAAAGAAAUGAAUUGAUUAUUGUGUUAGCGUAGCUUCUUGUCUGUACAUAUAUUUUUAGCUCAAGGAUUCUUCUCUUGUCCAUGUCUGUACAGAGUUUUAGACUGAUAAAUUAAUCUGAUAAUAAAAUCCUACUUUAUCA